AUGCCGAUCACACGUUAUGACUCUACCCUUGGAAAUGUUCAGAAAAUUGCGUCAAGAGAAACAUUGAAUAUGUUGGAUAAUAUGGUAGAAAUGGAAUUGUAUACUCUGUUGUUCAAGUUGAUGAACAACGCACAUUCUAACUUUAUGUACGAACCAAAGGAAUUUCAACAAGAAUAUCAACAACCAUCAGAAAGUACAUCUGAAUCCAAUAAUGCAAAUUUGGUUGAUAAUGCACAAACAUUAUAG